UUUCAUUGAGAAUGACUGUUCGUAUCGGUGUGGAAGAAGUGGAGCCAGUGACGGGAGAGGAGGGACCAACCUGAUGUGAUUGUCUACCUCGAGCUAGCCCAUCGAGCAAGUAGUCCUCGUGUGUCUGCCAGUUCGUUUUAAUCGCGAGGUCAGAUAUGGAGGGAGACGGCAGCCAAGUCACGUCUGCAAACCCGACCGAGCCACAACACGACCCGGGGAAAAUGUUCAUCGGUGGCCUCAGCUGGCAAACUUCACCAGACAACCUUAAAGAUUAUUUUAAUACAUUUGGUGAAAUCAGAGAAUGUAUGGUAAUGAGAGACCCAACGACAAAACGCUCCAGGGGCUUUGGCUUCGUCACUUUUGCAGAUUCUGCCAGCGUAGAUAACGUCUUGGCACAGCCGCAUCAUGAGUUAGACUCUAAAAUGAUUGAUCCAAAAGUUGCCUUUCCGAGACGUACUCAGCCCAAGAUGGUAACAAAGAAGAUUUUUGUGGGAGGAUUAUCAGCAAACACAGUAAUUGAAGAUGUGAAGCACUAUUUUGAACAGUUUGGCAAGGUAGAAGAUGCCAUGCUAAUGUUUGACAAAACAACUAACCGACAUAGAGGUUUUGGAUUUGUAUCAUUUGAAAAUGAAGAUUUGGUGGAGAAAGUCUGUGACAUCCAUUUUCAUGAAAUCAAUAAUAAAAUGGUAGAAUGCAAAAAAGCGCGACCAAAAGAAGUAAUAUACCCAUCUGGGACACGGGGUCGGGCCAGAUGUCUGCCAUAUACAAUGGAUGCGUUCAUGCUUGGUAUGGGCAUGCUGAGUUAUCCCAACGUUGUAGCCACAUAUGGCAGAGGAUAUGGUAGUUUUGUGCCAAGUUAUGGUUCCCAGUACCCAGGGUUUGCAACAGCAUAUGGACCAGUGACAGCAGCAGUAGCAGCAACACGUGGCUCAGGAAGAGGUGGCAGCUACAUGGCAUACGGGCAGAACACAGGGGCAGGGCUCCCUGAUUAUGGGUUGUGCUCUUUGGCUGGAACCAGCACUGACAUGAGGGGCGGAGCACCCUACUCCGUGACCGACUACGGCUCCCUCAGGCCACAGACGGCAGCUCAGAUGCUACCUAACGAGCAUGCCGGCUCGGGCUGCAAUUCUCCCACCACCCUUCAACACCACCUUCACAGCCCGGACCCUUUUAAGAGCCCAGAUGUAACAAGGGCUGGACCCUUUCCCGUUCCUAGCAGCCCUGGUCAUGGAGCUGACCUCUAUGGUACUGUCACUCAGGACUCCGGUGUCAGCAACUACAUCAGUGCCACAAGUCCUCAAACAGUUCCUGGCUUUAGCCACAGUAUUGCUCUAUUUCUUCACCACGACAGACCGAUACACAGUCUGCAUUACUCUAGACGGUGCACCGAUCUGCUUGUCGAUCGCCAUUCUGCCCUGUGUCAUGAACAAGACCCAGAGAUACUUGAACUCUUCCACUUGGGGCAGUAUCUCUUCCUAGCCCGGAGAGGGCACCCUACCCUUUUCCGACUGAGGACCAUGGCCUCAGAUUUGGAGGUGCUCAUUUUCAUCCCAGCUGAUUCACACUCUGCUGGAAACCGCUCCAGCAAGAGUUGAAGGUCACGGCUUGAUGAAGAGAUCAGAUCCACAUCAUCUGCAAAAAGCAGAGACACAAUGCUGAGGCCACCAAACUGGACCCCCUCAACACCCUCCUGCUCCUAGAAAUUCUAUCUGGAAAGGUAAUGAACAGAAUCGGUGACAAAGGGCAACCUUGGCGGAGUCAAACUCUCACUGGAAAUGUAUUCGACUUAUUGCCAGCAAUGUGGACCAAACUCUGACACCGGUCCGAACAGCCCUUUUUAGUGGGUCCGGUACCCCAUAUUCCCGGAGAACCCGCCACAGUACUCCCCGAGGGACAUGGUCAUAUGACUUCUCCAAAGUUCACAAAUCACAUAUAGAUUCGUUGGGCGAACUCCUAUGCACCCUCGAAGACACUUUGAGGAUGUAAAGCUGGUCCACUGUUCCACGGCCAGAACGAAAACCACACUGCUCCUCCUGAAUCUGAGAAUUAGACCUUACCAGGGAGGCUGAGGAGUGUGAUCACCCUGUAGUUGGAACACACCCUCUGGUCCCAAUUCUUAAAAAGGGGGUCCACCACCCCAGUCUGCCACUCCAGAGGCACUGCCAGGACAGCCCUACAACUUCCAGAGCCUUUAGGAACUCCGGGCGAAUCUUAUCCACCCCCGGGGCAAUGCCACCAAGGAGCUUUUUAACCACCUUGGUGACAUCAACCCCAGAGAUAGGAGAGCCCGCCUCAGAGCCCCCAGACUCUGCUUCCUCUUGGCAAGGCCGGCCGUUCAGUAGAAUUGAGGUUUUCGAAGUAUUCGGCCCACCAACUCUCAAGUUGCGGUCAGUAGUGCCCCAUUCCCACUAUACAGUUUUGAUGGUGCACUGGUUCCCCCUCCUGAGAUCCCAAAUGGUGGACCAGAAUUUCCUCAAAGCUGUUUUGAAGGCAUUCUCAGUGCCCACACCAAACUCCUUCCAUGGCCUGGUUUUUCCUCAGCGACCACACAAGCCGAUUCCGCUUAGCUCGCCGGUACCCAUCAGCUGCCUCUGGAGUUCUACAGGCCCGAUACCACUGGUUUCCAAAAACGCGUCCGGGGAUCACCCCCACGACAGGCAAGGACCACCUUACGACCACAGCUUCGCUCGGCCCCCUCAACAAUGGAGGCGAAGAACAUGGUCCACUCAGACUCUUCCGCCUCCCUCGGAACAUGAGCAAAGUUGCGCCAACAUCCAACAUCCCCCGGACUCACGGCUGUGGUGUCCUUGAGCAAGACACUGAUACCCCGAAAUGCUCCCCGGGCGCUUCAGCUGCCCCCUGCUCCAGUGUGUUCCGCUAACGUGUAUGUGUUCACUGUGAUGGGUUAAAUGAAGAGAACAAAUUUUGUGUACAUGCAUGCAUGUUCAUGACAUUAAAAGAUUCUUCUUCUUCUUCUAUUGUCACAUGCUGCUAUCUGGUCUUACCAUAUCUAGUAUUCAAAGCCUGCAGUUAGUACAAAACGGCAUGACUUUUGAUUAGGACGAGAAAGAGAAAGAGAAGAGAAAGUUUUAUCAUAUUACCCCGAUACUGGCCUAAUUUGAAUUGGUUGCCUGUCUACUUGAAAUGUGAUUUUAAGGUCCUGUUACUUACUCACAAGAUAUUACAUGGGUUAGCACCCUCUUAUCUCGCUGACUUAGUUGUAAUGUUCUGUCCCAAAACCUACGCUCGCAAAAUGCCGGUCUUUUGGUGACUCCGAGAGCCAGAAAGAAGUCCACAGGCCCUCAAGCAUUUCUAUUCGAGCUCCAGUACUCUGGAAUACCCUGACUAGAAAUGUUUAAAUCCCGACUUAAGACAUAUCUACUCUUGGCAUUUAGUUAAAGUACAUGUAAGCCUGUUUUACUGCUGCUUGCUAUCUCCUCCCCCCUCGUCUCCUGCUUGGUGAGAGGGCUAGUUGACGUUGACCGAAUCUGAGGCUGUUGCUGUUUGGAUUCUGCACCGACCAACUGGGACAAGAUCUGAGAAGGACCACUUCCCCCGGAGUUGUUACCAUGGAGGAUUCUGCUCUGACCGACCGAGCCAGGUCCUGAGGCAGAACCACCGAAGGCAUCAUCCCUGAGGCGCCUUUUCUCUUUAGAUGGACUCUCAUGCCAUCUUCAUGAACAUUCUACAGCAUCUUGCAAUCGUAACAAACAUUGUACAGCACCAGACUAUGUGAUAAAUGUUGUCCACUCGACAGCCAUUGCAGUAUGGUCAUCCUGGAAGGGAGAUCCCCCCCAUCUGCGGUCCCUUCUCAAGGUUUCCUUUUUCGCCAAAUGGGGUUUUGAGUUUUUCCUUGCCGAAAUGGGGGAGUUAGAUUUGGGGAUGAUGUCAAUCAUUGCCAACUCUGUUAUAUAUUGGUUGCAUAUAUAAAGUAUAUCCACCAAUCGUAUUUCUCCAUUUGGUCUUUUAAAAUAGAGAUGAUCAUGAACUGCAGUUACUUUGGUUGCAGUCAUAUUUUGACCUGUCAUAUGCCUAGAUCAGACUACAGCAUUUUAGCCCCGAUAUUGACCCGAUUAGCUAUCACAGCCGAUUUCCCAAAUCGGGCCGACAUAUUUUGUCGGAAACAACAAAACUUCUUGUAGUGUGACAUAAUCCACGACCAACGCUUUGGUUUUACGAUAGCCCUACGACGCCAAAAUGAAAAGUCUACCAUGUUUGAUUUUUUAAAAUUUAUAUCUUCGUUGUAGUGUGACAUAUCAACGACAACUCUCCGACAGUGCACCUGACGUCAACCAAUGGGAUUGCGUAUUGUCGCCUCCCGUAUUUGCUGUUGUCAACAUACUUGCACGGCGUUGUCAAUAUUUAUUCACGCGCACAAACCAAUGUUUACCGAAUCUUUAGAGCGUGAUUCGACAGAACGGCGGCAUGUUUACGUACAACCGUUAGUGCGACCACUAGCUUGCUAUUCUAUAUAACGUUUUGUUGCCUGUUUGCGAGCCGUAUCGUAUUAAAAGUAUGUGAUCAUACCUCAAGCAAUCCCGAGCACCGGUGACGACCACCGGUGCUCGGGAUUUGUUCUUUUUUCCCCCCACACACACACACACGACCAGUGACACAUUUUCUAGUUCCGCCUCCCCAACAGUGUUUGAUUUGACAAGAGGCCAGUGAUCUUAAAAAAUGGGAUGUGGUACAUGUCGUGUAGUGUUGCCACUGUCUGACCGAGAUACGGCAAGAUUUGAUGGCAGUAGCCUUACAUAGUGCAAUCGUGAAAGAUGAAAUGUGUCUUGUGGUCUCAUCCAGGCAUUAAGGGAAUUCAUAAAAGUUGAAUACGUCUGUUGGCUCUUUUCUCCACUUUUGAAUUUGAUAUUGAAUUUGAUAUAUGCAUUCUUCAGUAGGUUAAAAACAUACUAUUCAGUCAAUCAGUAUUUAAACUGGGAUAUUUUAUUCAUCCUGUUCUGGCCUCAAGUGAUCCCUUUAUUAUGUUUUGUUUUUUUGCUGUGUUUUUCUGUUAUUAUGUGAACAUUGAGUACAUGUUAUAUAAAACAAAGAGAAAAGUAUUCAAUGAUCCUAAAAUGUGAUUUAAGGAAUUUCUCAAAAGAAUAAUCAGGGAUGGGUAAGGAGAUGGUAAAAUAAAACGAGGAAAAAAAUGUAGCAGAGCAAAGAACCAGAUGAUGUAACAUUAUUAAUCAUCGUUAAUGCCAUAAUUAAUAUGAGGGCUGCUUUAUCAUGCACCCUCCUGUGACAGCUUCAAUAUUUAAUACAUCAAAUAUGAGGUAAAAAUGGAAAAUACAUUAUUGGAGGGUAGGCAAUGCAUAAUGAUGAUCUUUUGUAAGGUAAGGGGGUUUAAUGUGGCUUUACUUAUUUUAUUUUAUUAUUUUUUUAUGUUUCAGUAACAGAGGAUCACUGGCAAUUGUGUCUCGGAUUUUAUUUUGUGAGAUGGAGAAAUGACAUCACGAAUGGAAACCCUGCCCAUGUCUGAAGUGAUAAACUGACAAAUCUCGCACUUAACACUGACAAUAUAUGAUUUCGAGCUUUUUACAACAUGACUGGGAGAUCCACCAUUAAGCGGCAAAUUAAUGACCUAAAAUACACCCUUGAUCCAUUGCCUUGUACACAAGUAAGAUCAGACGUUGUUUGUUUCUUGACUAACUUUUGCCUCCCGUUCGCUGAUUGAGUGCUUCUGUACCGAACACAGUGUGUUUUGGGGUCCUAUUCCUGGUAGUCUUCAUGACAAUCGGGGAAUAUACAAGUGGAAGGUUUUAGACUGUCAAUCUCCAGACUCAAAUCACAUAGAGCAUGUCGCAAAAGUUUAAAAAUCAAGACAACUGGACGCUUCUUGUUUUUUUUAAAUGUUUCACCUUUACCACAAAUUCAACUCUACAACACCAGUACCUAAUCCAGGACAAAGCCAGUCCACAGAAGUUUUAAGUAAGGUUUAAAACACCUCGGUCCAUUUUGGCCGAAACAAAAUUCAAAAUAGCCUCAAAUUACCUGUUUUACCGAAAACGAUGAACGGUUCAUAAACUCCAGGCCAGAUCCAGCCCGCCACAUCAUUUUAUGUAGCCUGCGGAAGCAAAUUGUGUAUCAACUUCCAUGAUUCUUGCUAAAAUCUGUACCAAAAUGAAUAUGUAUUAAAAUGAAUAAUAACUAGGAUAUUACAAGCAUUUUUUUUUGGGCUCCCAAACCCCUUUUUACAGCAACUUGAAUAGUUGAACUAACUAUUCUUCUGAUUUCAAAAGUUGUUUUCCAUCAAUUUGUUGUGUAUAUGUAUUACUGUGAGGCGAUUAAUCUUAUUUAUGGUUUCACAGUCAUAACGGCCCUCUGAGGGUAACCUUAACUACGAUGUAGCUUGUGACAAAAAUGAGUUUGACACGCCUGAUUUAAAAGAAAAAGGAAUUGCUGCCUACUGCCUAGCUGAGAUGGCAACAUUGCGACAGCAACAGGCACUGCUCCGUUACAAAGCUUGAAACAUAUCUUGAGGACAGUUGUGGACUGUAUUGCCUCCGGCGGAACGUUUAGCUUUCGGCAGUACCCUUCAACUUUUUUCAUGUCUUUUUUUACGCUGGCCCAUCUCUGCAGGUUCCCAGUAGAUAAUCCAUCAAUGACCAAGGUGUCCUUUCACCUUUCCUUCUCCAUGUGCCUCUGGAAUCCAUUCCAGCAUUUUCGCUACUUUUGUGGCAGCAACUACAAUCCGUUCCAUGGUGGUCUUAGAAGUGUCCAAAGGGGAAGACCGGAGGGGUGCACAAUCAGCUCAAGCUGCACUUUGCACUGGUACCGCUUUGUAGCGACAAAUCUAAUGAAUUCAAUGCGAGAAUAUUCAUCGCAGGUUUCAUCUCUAGGGUUGACAUGCAAAUUCUGCAGACAUAUUUUGAUGGUUUAUUUGUAAUAGGACGAUCGAGAUCCUCCAGUAGGCCGUUCAGACAAAGACCACAUUAAAUCCUGUUAAAGUGUCAUUAGCCUUGACCCACACCAGCAUUGCUUAGACUUUUUUUGACUCAGGAGUCAUGAAUUAGCACCCCAGAAAAUGAUAUAGUUGCUUAAAGCCACUGUGACGUAUCAGCUCACUAGCCAAUUAUUUGGAAUAUUCCUUUAAUAAAACAUUAUGAAACAAAAAUCUAUAUCGGUAUAGUCAAGCUUGCUUCAUCUUGCAAGAAUAUUAUAUAAUAUAAAAGGUAUUAAACCUGUUACUUACACUCCCCAGUCACCUUAUUUUUAUCUUGAUCAGGGGCAGCAGGUGCAGUCUCAGGUGUGCUUAUGUCAUUAAAUAAAUGAUGAUAAUUAAUUUUGUGACAGUGUACCAGCUGAAUAAUUGCUUGCAUAUGACAACAUAACAGAUUUGUUAUGAUCAAGUGAGCAAAAACACACUAAUCAUAAUCAGAGCUGAGAGAAAUCAAAAACCUUGCAUGCAAACUCAAUGACUAAUUCUAAAGUUGUGUUUAGACCUGAUUAUAUUUAGAUCAGAUUACUUUUACCACCAAGACAAUAUUUCUUGUGUUCAAAGUGUGACAAUUAUUGCUUUCCAGAGUCUGGUUGCACUUUAGAGAAUUUAUUUAUUGAUUUAUUUUUAAGAACCUGAUAGAAAAAUGUAAAUAAAUUAUCAUGUGUUGUGCUUUUCUGCUUACUUCCAGUUAGAGAAAUGUUUUAUCACUGUGUGCAAAGUUUUCUCCCACAGGAUGAGUCAUGUCCUUGCAGGUGCAAGGACAAAUUUGAGCUGGAGUCUUCCUGUGUCUUGAUAAGAAGUAUAUAAUUCUUCUACUGUCUCAACCACAACAAAGAGUGUUAUGUGCUGAUCAACAAGCAUGUAUGCCCCCACCUUUUUGACGUUGUAACUCAUAUGUAACAAGGGAACUGCCCUAAAGUAAUAAAAAGAGAGAAUCCGGCAGAGUGAACUCAGAAAAUGGUUGGGGACUGUAACUAAGUACACUCUCGGCCGUUUUCUCCUUGCAAGUCUGAAAACUGAACUACCUCUGUGUCUGUCUUGAUUUUGUGUUUUAGGUGUCUUGAACCUGACAGAACCCAUUCAAGGUCCAUGACACAGAAACUGAAUAAAUCUGCAAGCAAGUUUUACUUACUAACAUUUUUCAAAAGCUUAUCCUUAAUUAUACACCGUUGGAUGAAUUGUAUAAACCACUUACUUGUUUUGUCUUGUGACAAAGGAUUUUGUCUAUUUGAGAUAUACAGUGUUCCUACGCCAUAUCACAAUUCACCUAUUGUGGAUUCAGUGCAUUGCGGAUUUUUGUUCAUAUACAUAUCGCGCAUAAUUUGCUGUAUUGUGUGAUUUUGAGUGUAUGCUGUAA